GAACGGGACAAAAUUUAACAAAAGUGGGAUGGGAACAAUUAGAAGAAACUUUUCGUUUCCACCUCCACAUAAUGCGCUCGUUUAGUCUGCUUGUUCACUCAGUAGAGGUUCUACCUGACGGGAAAGUUGCACAUAGAGAUGUUGCUGUACAUCGUGGGGUUGCUGGUCCUUUGGCUUGUCCAGCGGUGGUUGAAGGAGCCCAAACGUGUGGAAAACAAGCGAAAAAAAUAUGUCUACAUCACCGGCUGCGAUACUGGCUUUGGGCAUCUACUGGCCAAGCAUCUUGAUAAGCUGGGCUUCCGUGUGAUUGCCGGCUGUUACACCGAGAAGGGCGAAGAUGACCUGAAGAAGACCUCGUCCGACAGACUGACCGCUCUUCGUUUGGAUGUCAGCGACUCUGCCAGCGUCAGACGAGCCACUGCUCUAAUUGACAAACUUGUCGGGCAGACAGGACUGUGGGCCGUUGUGAACAAUGCGGGCAUCUCUGUGCCAGUGGCCCCCGCAGACUGGUUAACUGUUGAGGAUUAUAAGAGGAUGCUGGAUGUCAAUCUACUGGGCGUGAUUGACGUGACCCUGAGCGUCCUCCCUCUCAUCAAGAAGGCCCGAGGCAGGGUGGUGAACGUGGCCAGCGUGUUCGGGAGGAUCACCCCGUUCGGCGGCCCGUAUUGUGUGUCUAAAUACGGCGUGGAAGCCUUCAACGAUAGCCUGCGUUUGAAUUUGGCACCUUUUGGAGUGAAAGUUUUGUGCAUCGAGCCUGGUUUCUUCAAAACAAAUGUCACUGACCCAGAGAUCAUUGAAAAAAAUGGGAAAAGGCUCUGGGACCGGUUGCCGCAGGAUGUGAAAGAUGACUAUGGAGAAAAUUAUGUGGAGCGUGCGCUCGAAACCAUCGUGGCCAAAUGUCAACUCCUAACGGACAGCAACCUGAUGAAGGUCAUUGGCUGCAUGGAGCACGCCGUGGCCGCCGUCCACCCUCGCACCCGCUAUUCGCCCGGAUGGGACGCCAAGUUCAUCUGGCUGCCUCUGUCCUACAUGCCAGCCUUCAUCACUGACACCUUGAUCCUUAAACUCAGCCCCAAGAUUAAAGUACCUGUGUUCUAAGCUUUAAUACAGUGCUUCUCAAUUAUUUUCUGUUACGCCCC